AUGAAGAUGGGAGGAACCUGGCUGGGUCUGCCACUUGGACAGCACUUGCUCGCUCUGGGACACAGGCACUUUUCAAACACAUGGAGAAACAUGAUGUAUUUCAGAAAAUUCAGGCUGAUUGUUUGCCUUAUAGGGCUCAGCUGUGCUGGCCUCUGUUUUUUUUAUAAUUUGACUGAAUUCUGUAUAUUCUGUGAAAACAGCCAAGAUUACAUAUUCCCCAUAGAGACGUUCAGGAGAAUUGAAGGAAACUUCUUGCAGCUCCCAGAUGUAGACUGCCAGAAGAACCCGCCUUUCCUUGUUCUGCUUGUGACGUCCUCGUACCACCACAUUGAUGCCAGGAUGGCCAUCCGGCAAACCUGGGGGAAGGAGAGAACAGUCGCUGGCAAGCGCCUGGUGACAUAUUUCCUCCUGGGAAGCACUGUGAAUCUGAGGCAGCAGGCUGAUAUUGCUGCUGAAAGCCAAAAGUACAAAGACAUUAUUCAAAAGAAUUUUACAGACACAUAUUACAAUUUGACUUUGAAGACCAUGAUGGGAAUUGAAUGGGUUCACAGAUUUUGUAACCAGUCCAGCUUUGUGAUGAAAACCGACACAGAUGUGUUUGUCAAUGUUUUUUACCUCACUGAGCUGCUUCUUAGGAAAAAGAAGACCACUAGAUUCUUCACAGGCUUUUUAAAACUGCAUGAGUACCCCAUACGAAGAAGAAGGAGUAAGUGGUAUGUGAGUAAAGAGGAGUAUCCGAGAAAGACCUACCCACCGUUUUGUUCUGGGACUGGCUAUGUUUUAUCCACUGAUGUUGCUAGUCAGAUCUAUAAUGUUUCAGAGAGCAUUUCGUUCAUUAAACUGGAAGAUGUAUUCAUAGGACUGUGCCUUGCCAAACUAAAAAUUCACCUGGAGGAGCUUCAUUCAGAGCAGACGUUUUUCCCAGAAAGGAUUACGUUCUCUGUUUCUCGCUUUAAGAAAAUUGUGAUGUGCCAUGAAGUAGAACCAGCUGAGCAGUUGACCUACUGGAAUCACUUAGUGACAGAAAACCAUGCAGGAGUGCUCUAG